UCAUUAUGUGAGGACUGAGGAGGCCAGGAAUCUAGACUCUUUUCCUUCUCCACAACUCGUUCCUGCUACGCUUUCCAGAAGCCAAAUUAUUACCAAAGCCGAAAACAAAAACCCAUAGCUCCUUCAUGUAAUGAAUGUAUCUAAAGGAGCAGGCUUUGUGUGAUUUAAAGGAUGGUGAAGUUUUCAGCUUAUUCUUUGAUGAUAUCGUCAUUUACACCUUUUCAUUCUAUUAUCCUGAAAAACCCUUGCAGAUUUUAUACAAAUAUACCUUACAGCUAUUCAACUAAAUCAAGGAACAUUUCCUAUUAUAUCCAAAACGCCAAAAUUCAUACAGAAGACGUGAUGGUUGCCAGGCGCUAUCUUCCUCCUCUGUUUAGUGUGGCUCCCAUGAUGGACUGGACUGAUAAUCAUUAUAGGACCCUUGCCCGCCUUAUCUCAAAACAUGCGUGGCUUUACACAGAGAUGCUUGCAGCUGAAACUAUUGUUUAUCAAAAAGGGAAUCUGGACAGGUUCUUGGCAUAUUCACCAGAACAGCAUCCUAUUGUCCUUCAGAUUGGUGGGAGUAACUUAGAAAACUUGGCAAAAGCCACUGAACUUGCUAGUGCUUACAACUAUGAUGAGAUUAAUUUCAAUUGUGGGUGUCCUAGUCCAAAAGUUGCAGGGCAUGGGUGCUUUGGUGUUCGUCUUAUGCUUGAUUCAAAGUUUGUUGGAGAGGCCAUGUCAAUCAUUGCUGCCAAUACAAAUGUUCCUGUCAGUGUUAAAUGCCGGAUUGGUGUUGAUGAUCAUGAUUCAUAUCAUGAACUCUGUGACUUUAUCUACAAGGUUUCUUCCCUAUCACCUACUAGGCAUUUCAUCAUACAUUCACGGAAGGCUCUACUAAAUGGCAUUAGCCCAGCUGAUAAUCGAAAAAUUCCUCCUCUGAAAUAUGAGUACUAUUAUGCCCUCAUGCGUGACUUUCCAGACAUAAAGUUUACAAUAAAUGGAGGCAUAAAUUCUGUUGUUGAGGUAAACGCAGCACUAAGAGAAGGAGCUCAUGGUGUUAUGGUUGGACGUGCUGCAUAUAAUAACCCUUGGCGGACUUUGGGGCAUGUUGAUACUGCAAUAUAUGGUGCACCAAGUAGUGGACUUACACGCCGCGAGAUCCUUGAACGAUAUCAAGAAUAUGGGGACCAUGUUCUGGGAAGAGAUGGAAAUAAAAGACCUAAUGUCCGAGAUGUGGCGAAGCCUCUACUCAACCUUUUUUACUCGGAGCCUGGAAAUGGUCUGUGGAAGCGCAAAGCUGACUUUGCUUUCCAGCAUUGCACGACAAUGAAAUCCUUCUUUGAGGAAACACUUGCGGCAAUACCUGAUUCAGUCUUGGAUUCACCCAUUGCAGGGGUGCCAUCUGGUCGUGAAGAUCUUUUUGCUAAUAUACAUGAUUUACUGCCAUCCUCAUAUGAUGCAAGAGAACAGGAAGCAUUGGAUGCUUAGAGUUUUUUUUUUUUUGUUGGCAACAUUGGAAAAUUGUAUGCUUAGAUUUUUCAUGUUCUAAAUUCCUCAGUUCCAAUUGAUAUAAUCCCAAAUUGCAAUUUGUUGUUGGAAUACGGCCUAAUUGGUCCCAUGUUAUAAUAUGUAUGGAAAUACAUCAAGGGUUAAUUCAAAUUUUUUGUUGUCACUCUUUAUGGGGAUUAGAACCACUUGGAAAUUUUCAGUUACUAUUAAAUCUCUGUUUUAUUUCACUUACCCUCGUUGUAGUAAGUUUUGCAUAGCUAUGCAGCGAAGUUUUGGUAGCGCCUUUGCUAUAGUUGGACUCACUGAAUAUUGUAGCGAUAUUUCAUGCAUAUACUGUAGAAAAAGAGAAGACAUUUCAUUUCAUUUGUUUUGAUCCGUAUGGUUGGUGCUAGCUUGUCCGUGAUCCUGUUUUUCUGGCUGGCCUUUGCCUAGCAGCAAAGGAUAUGAGUACAGUGUAAGGGAUAAAUAAUAAAUGAAGAAAAGGA